AUAUUGUGUGAAUUUAUAGUCUGUGGCUGUGCUCGUUAAGUUGAGGUUAGAUUUUCCUAUUAAAUCAAACUAGCUUAAAUUUAUGAAUUUUGUUACAAAACUACAAAAGUUAUAAUUCAAAUAAAAUGGAUUCACUUUCUACGGGAUCUUUAAGUGGCGCACAGAAGGAAGAAUUAAUUGACCAAGUGAAGCAACAAAUUGCAAUCGCUAAUGCACAAGAACUUUUAGCUAAAAUGUCUGAGAAAUGUUUUAAAAAGUGUAUUAACAAGCCUGGAACAGCGUUAGAUAAUUCCGAACAAAAAUGUAUAGCGAUGUGUAUGGACAGGUACAUGGACGCCUGGAACCUCGUCUCUAGAACUUACAGAAGUCGCAUCCAAAGAGAAAGAAACAUGUGAAAGUCUUGAUAUAAGUUAAAAGUUUGUUGUGCUGUAAAUAUAGAGGAUGUAGAGCCAGAGCACGUUACAAAUUGUGAGUUUCGUCUAACAGUUGUUGCAUCAAUAAAAAUGUUUUAGGUUGUUA